AACUUAUUCAGAACAAUUUCCAAAUGAUAAACACAAAUUAUUAUCUUUUGAUAUGGCCAAUGAACAAGGUGUCACACUUUUUCGUGUGUAUAGCCGAAAAGUUGACACAGCUAUAACAUACUCUCCAGAGACUGGUAUAAAAUUAUACCUCCUAAUAUGUGAAGCAAAACGUCUAAACAAACAUCAAGGCAGUGAUUACAAUAAACUAUGCAGAAUGCUUAAUGAUGCUGCAAAUAGCUUUAUUUUAUACUGGGCCAAAAAAUGUAAAAAGGUUACUAAAGAAUUAAAGAAAUUGUUUUGUGAGUUUCGAUGGAUUGGGCUAUUUUCAUCUGAUAGAAAGCUUAAUUUAAUGAUAUACCAAAUAUGUGAAGAAACCAAGAUUCAUUUCAUUACAUAUCUAAAUUCUUAUCCCGUUUCAAUUCCGAUCUCAAAUAUAAAUCAUGAUAUGGCAAGCACAUUAGAGAUAUUUUUACAGAUUGAGAUCAUAGAUCAAAUUAAUGUUGAAAAAUCUGAAAAUUUUGAAACACCUCUAGAAUAUCUAAAAAAGGUCAUUGGUGAAACACCUUCUACUCCACAUAAAUAA